AUGGAUAUAGCCAAGGGACUAGCCUAUCUCUAUGAGGAAUGUAGGCAAAAGAUAUUUCACUUGGAUAUCAAACUCCAAAACAUCUUCUUAGAUGAAGACUUCAAUGCGAAAAUUUCUGAUUUUGGAUUGUCAAAACUAAUUGAUAAGGACCAAAGCCAAGUUGUAACAAUGAUGAGGGGAACACCAGGUUAUUUGGCUCCUGAAUGGUUGAGCUCAAUUAUUACCGAGAAAGUAGAUAUUUAUAGCUUUGGUGUCGUGAUUUUGGAAAUGUUGUGUGGGCGCAAAAAUUUGGAUAGGUCUCAACCUGAGUGA